GAGAAUUGCAGUUCAGAAGCCUUGCUACGCUCGUUCACGCAUCCCAAAAAAAAGGGUCUCCUCCGUCAAGGGAGAGAGAGAGAGAGAGAAAAAAAAGACAGAAAACCGCGAAAGGGUCGAAGGUUACGAAGUGUGUGCUUCGUCGCGCAUCCUUAACUUCGAGAGGAUUCGGAAAUUACGUUUACUCGAGCUGAAAAAAGAUGAAGACGAUACUGGGUCUAUUGCUGAUAUCCAUUGUGGGAUUGACAUUGGCCAACCCUGUGGAGAAGCUCGACAAAAUUAGCGUCAUUGAGCAGCAGUCCGUGACGGUGAACGAUCGUGCAAAAUAUGAAGAGGAACUUUUACGAAAACUCAAUGUAAAAUGUUCACAGAAUGAUAUUAACAGUUGUGUAAUGUUGAAACUUGUCACAUAUAUGAAUCGAUUAUUAAAGAAAGCUUCCAUUGAACUUACCGAUGACAUUGAAAUAAGAAAAACGAGUCAAGCAACAGAGGAGGUAAUUACAUUUGAGGCGGGCAGAAGCAAGGAUGAUGAGUCCGAAAUUUUUGAUUUAAUCGCCAAUAAAGUUUAUGCUUUCGUGAAAUCACGUAGCAUCAAAUGGCGAAUAUUGCCGGAUGAAGACGUUGUUGUUUCCGCUUCUGAGGAUGAAACCGGAUCUUUCAGCCUUGGCCUUUCCAUUGAACGUGCUAAUGACGCUGUUCAAGAUGGUCGUGGAAAGAAGAAUAACAUGGGACCACUAUUGGCGGCCGCUGUCUUAAAAAUUGGCCUCAUUGGCGGUUUGGCAUUCAAGGGUCUUGCUCUUCUUGUUGGCAAGGCACUUCUCUUGUCGAAAAUCGCUCUCCUCUUGGCCGGUAUCAUUGGUCUCAAGAAACUCUUUUCACAUCAAAAACACGUGACCUAUGAGGUUGUGGCACAUCCACAUCAUAGCUCGAGUCACAGUGUCAGCGAGGGUCACGGUCACGGUGACAGUUAUUCAAGUGGUUGGGCAAGAAGUUUCCACAAUCAACCACCAUUGGCCGGCGUGCCUGACGCACAGGAAUUGGCCUAUUCGGCUCAUACGAAAUGAGACAAUUGCCUAGACAAAAACCUUUGACCCUGGGUCUCAGGGCAGAAUUAACUGCCAAAAGGAAACCUGACUUCCGGGAUCUCAAUGAUUGUUAUUAUUAUUAUUUAUUUUUUUUUAAAUUUUUUUUUGGAUUCGACUUGAAAGAAAAAAACCAAUAUGCACCUGCACUCUCUUGCCGUUAAAAAUUUAAGUUAUAAAUUAUAAAUCGACUCCGCCCCCUACCCUUGUCAUCUGCCUUGGACAUUUGUUUUAAUCACAUUCAUAAGCCAUUUUUUCCUCCCACAUAACCAGAAAGAGAGUGUGUGUGUGUUCUCAAUCAACGAUAUUGAGAGCAGGAUAUUAUUAUUAUUAUUGUAUUUUUUUUGUACUUAUUUAUUUAUCAUUAAGGACGGAUGGACCCGGACUUUGACUCGCACUAGUGGACAGAAUCGACCUGUAUUUACGGACGUGAAUUAGCCAAGGUGUUCCUUCUUUUUUUUUUUUUUCUUCAGAAUUGUGAGCAUUAAGGUGCGUUUAUGCUAUAUGCAUGCACGCACUGCUCACCUACUUUCUCGAAUCGAGAUCGUUUCAGUGAAUUGCCUUUGCAAUAUAUUCGCUUAUCUCAGACACAUAACUGAUCAAGGUUGGGAUUAACGAACGAAAAACUGUAUUUAAAUGACUCGCUUUAUCGACGGGACUAUACGAGUGACGUUUACUACUGAUUAUACAUUUGUAGACAAUUGACGGGACAUUUUUUUUAUUUUUUCGAAGACAAAGUUGAAAAUACUUUUUUCUCUGCAAGAAUUUAAUUUAGGGAAAAAAAGUGAAUAGAAUCAAAAGACUUUUUUGAGAAAGUUAAAAAUAACUUUUCUUUGAAGUUGAGUUUUGAAAAUCAAUUUGACUUUUUGUAUUAAAGUGAACUUUAUCCCUUUGAAGGGGUCUAGAAACUUUUUUCUAAAAGUGUAUCAUUUUUUUUAAAAGUCUUUCAAAUUUUUUUUUUUUAUGUCUAAAAACUAUUUUUGAAAAUCAAAUUAAAAGAGUCAAGAGACUUUUAAGAGUUAAAAUACAUUUUUCGAAAUAAUUUUUCAUAGUAAAAGAGGCUUUUUUCAAAGUUUCUCAAAUGAAUUUUUGAGUCAAAAAUUUUUUUUAAUACAGUAAAGAGACUUUUUAUUGAAAGUAAAGACUUCUUAAAAGUUAAGAUUUAUUAAAAACCUUCAAACGACGUUUCGAAAAUCAUAAACGAUUUUCUGUAAAGAGACAAAUGAUUUUUCAAAACUAAAAAGAAUUUUUAAUAGUCAAGGGACUUUAAAAAAUCAAAUCGCUCUUUAGAAGUUUAGAAAAACGUUUUUUGUUUGUAUAAAUUUUAAAUGAUUUUUCUUGAAAUUAAAAAAAAAACUUUUACGAGAGCCAAAGGACUUUAUAAAAGCAGUGAAAUAGAGUUGUUGAUAUAUUAUAUUUAUUUUCUGAGCGACUGAGCUGACUGAUGGUCACGGGACCUGACAAUAUUACCAAUGACCCUUACGACAAGUGACAAUUUAUAGAACACAAUUCACCUGAGACAAGUAUUGUAGAUUGAAUGUAGUUAGCAAAACCUAUACGAUGUAACGCGUAACUUCCCCCUCAUCGAAGCUAAUUAAGGAAUUAACUUAUUUUUCUCCUCUUUCACGAGAGUGAAAAUUGUAUCAUAACUUUUCUUGUUGUCCAUUGUGAGAAUAAAUAUUUAUUGUUUUUUAUAAAAAAAAAUA